AUGGCUUCCGGCGGGUCGUCGUCGUCGUCCCGCGCGUGGACGCAGCGGCAGAACAAGCAGUUCGAGUGCGCGCUGGCGGUGUACGACCGGGACACCCCUGACCGGUGGCACAACAUCGCCCGCUACAUGGUUGGCACCAAGUCCUCCGACGAGGUCCGCCGCCACUUCGAGCAGCUCGUCCACGACGUCACCCAGAUCGAGGCCGGCCGCGUCCCCUUCCCCCGCUACGGCUACGGCAGCGCGCCGCCCGUCUCCGAGCCGCUGGCUGCACGCCGCGCCAUGGCCGUGCCGUGCUCGCCGCGCUACGCAGGCUAUAGUGCCGCUCGUUCGGCGGAGCCGUCCCUGGCCAUGUCGACGGAGGACGAGAAGCUCCUCAAGGAGACGAAGAAGUUGCCGUGGGACGAGCGGCUGCAGCAUAAGAACUGGAAGGUGAGGAAUGACGCAAACAUCGACCUCGCCGCGCUAUGCGACUCCAUCACCGACCCUAAGGACGCCCGCCUCCGCGAAUUCGGUGAGAUAAUACCCUCCCCUACGCCUCCCGAUCCGCCCCAUUUCGCGCUCGGAUCUGCGCUAUGCUCGAUUAGUGCGGUUCCAUUUGCGGAUUUCAAACCAUUUUUUGGGUGCAAGAUCUGA